AAUACAGUAUAUAGCUAGCAUCUCACGAAUGCGUGCUCCACCUUUCCCGCUUUGCUUGACCCGCCGACGGUGCGCAGUCUGUGCAGGCGAACACGACACAGAUGCCGGCUCCUACGUCUUACCAUCCUGGCGAGCUGGCCGCUCAAGAGGCACGCGGGUACGCCGAUGAUGUCUGGGGCAGGUAUGAGUCUAUGGAGUCUGGCCUGGACGACUUCAUGGCCCUCUUCUUUUCCCAGCUCUCCUUUCUCAGCGUCACGGUCCUCGAUGCGGGGCGAAGGCCGUGGACGAGCAUCCUCUCUGGUCGAGGCGGCAACACGGGCUUCAUCCAAAGGGUUAAGGGCGAGGACGACAAGCUGCGCUUCGAGUGCGAGAUCGCGCUUGGCGAUCCGAUGCGUGAGGUGCUGCACCGUCUGAAGCAGCGCUUGGACGCGGGACAGACGCCAUACGAGGCCGAGGAUUUCCCCAGAGAAGAGUUCCUCAUCGCGGCCGUGGGCGUGAUGCUGCACAACCGGCGGCGGAACAAGAUGGAGGGCGUCAUCGUAGACGUGGAAAGGGUUCCCGACGGCGACCGUGACGACCUCUUCACCUUCGUCAUCGAGACGUCAAAUACGUUUGGCAAUUGUCCCAAGUACAUCAACACGAGAACGCUGGAGCCUUGCGCAACGCCCUCUAGCUCCUCUUCGUCCCUGACUUUGAUCGAUGUUGCGCCCGAUGAGCCUGUCCCAGCCGAGAUACUCUCCAUUAUUUCCGAGGCAGACCUGGCCUUCCUAGGCACUCGCCACUCGGCCGCGCCGCCCGGCACAACCUACCUUCCGGACCCACCACGGCUGGGAAACAACUGCCGCGGAGGACGGCGAGGCUUCUUGCGCACCUACUGGGACUCGCAACGCCGUCGAACAUGCGUCUUUCUCCCGGACUGGAGCGGCAACCGCAUCAUGCAGUCGCUGGGCAACAUGACCACGGACCACGUUGCAGGCCUGUCAAUCCCCAUCUGGGGCAAAGGCGACAGGCGUACGACGGUGCUGCACCUGACUUGCGAUGCUGAAGUACUGGCUGGGGACGACGCUAGGAAGGUCAUGAGAGGCGUCGACGGCGCUUCGUUGCUCUGGAUCACGGGCUACAGCCUCGUUCGAUCCUCGCUGCCGCUCGCUGCUGCAAGCCAAAAAGCUGCUGAUGCAGGCGGCGGUGGAUUCCAGAAGCUGCAGAGCCUUGCCCUCGGCGGCGUCCGCAGCCAUACGCUGGAUGCUGAUGCAGACAAGCACGACGAAGACGACGAAGAAGAAGCAGCCGUCGGUUGGUCGCCCUACAACCCUCCCUUGCGGACGCUCUUGAGCGAGACAGCUGCAGGAGCCAUCCAAGAAGAGGUGUCGUCACCACCGGCGCAUCUCGUCGAUGUCCGCUUCCACUCGCCGCUCAUUGCGACGUUUGUCUGGCGUGCCACCGUUCCGACCGGAGGGACGAGCUUCCGAUUCCAACCCGGCCAGCACGUCGUCAUGGACAUGUUCGACUCGCUCGAUACACGCGUCAAGCUCUAUGCGCAUAUGGCCUCCUUCAAGGGCGGCGAAAAAGACCUCAACGAUGAUGGGGUACGGUCAUGGACCAUGUCGCGGGUCAGACGGGUAGCAGGAGGCCAAGAUGGGGCAGCUGAAGAAGAGUGGGAGUUCGAAACGACGCUCCGGAGGAAACAGAGGGGCGGCGUCACGCCCGGCCUCUUUUCCAGGGGUCUACGAGCUCUCGAAGACCGAGAGGAUUCGGCGUACGAGAGCGAUGCGGGAAAGGUUUUGCUAUCAGCGCCCCUCCUGGCCGUGGAGGGAGGCCUGACGCUUCCACUGACCCUCUUUGAGAAGCAAGAGGUCAACCUCACCUAUCUUGUCUCGGGGAUUGGCCUGACGCCGCUCCUUGCCCACCUGAAUCACCUCGUCGAGCUCCUUCCGAGCAAGCCGGCGCAAGUCAAUGUACGAGCGGUGGUUGGUGUCAGAUACGGGGAGAUUGGUGUGGUCACUCGGCUCGUCAAAGAGACCCUCCAAAGGCUCGAAGGAAAGCAGCUUCGGGUCAUGCUUCAUCUUCUCGUCAGUGCGCCCUCGUCGCAUCUCGAUGAGGGGGAGGCAGACGACGACUACGACCAGGCCAGUUCGACGGCAAGUGCAUCUCUGCAGGUCAAAGUACACCCUCUCCGUAGACUCAGUGCGACUUCCUUCGUCGGAGGUGCUAGCAAUGAUGCAAGCCAGGCAUCAAACAGUCCCUAUUCGGCCUUUCAGUUGAGCGAUGAAGACGAGCGUAGGGCGGUAACCGAAUCCGACUACAUCCUCCUCUGCGCAUCGAAACCUUUUGAGAGAGUCGCAAGAACUGCUCUAUCCACUGCCGGCAUCUCAAAAGAUCGCAUUCACACCGAGUCCUUCAACUUUUGAGGCCUCCUUCACACCUUUUGCAACUGUAAUCACCAAUGGCUUGUUUUUUCAAUGACUCCUUUUCCUAUCU